CACCGAGCUCUUCAAAAAUGUCUGCUCGUUCAUGAGCUGGUUGGAAAAACUAGGUUUAGGGUUCGGCAGCGGGGCGGGGGUCUCAUCAAUGGACGCUUUGUCGACGGAGAUCGCUUACGGGCCUGACAACGACGUGCCGGAUGCGGGGCAGCAGUGGGCUCAAUUCGGCGCGGGGUGCUUCUGGGGCGUCGAGCUGGCUUUCCAGAGGGUUCCUGGCGUAACGAAGACAGAGGUCGGAUACAGCCAGGGAAAGUUUCAUAAUCCGACUUACGGGGACGUUUGCACGGGGAAGACCGGCCAUGCGGAGAUCGUUCGCGUGCAGUACGAUCCCAACCAGUGCAGCUAUGAGGAUCUGCUAGACCUCUUCUGGGCUCGCCAUGACCCUACUGCGCUCAAUCGCCAGGGUAAUGAUGUGGGAACUCAGUAUCGUUCAGGGAUAUAUUACUACUCACCAGAGCAGGAGAAAGCUGCAAGAGAGACUUUAGAGAGGCACCAGAUUAGCUUGGGCAGGAAAGUUGUCACAGAGAUCCUUCCAGCAAAGAAAUUCUAUAAAGCUGAGGAAUACCAUCAGCAGUACCUUGAGAAAGGAGGCCGCUCUGGCUCCAAACAAUCUGCUUCAAAAGGUUGUACUGAUCCCAUCCGCUGCUAUGGCUGAUGGUGCGGUAAUAAAUGCUCAUACGGCACCUAUGGCUGAUGGUCCGAUAAUAAAUGCUUAUACGGUACUCAAACAGUUAAUUUCCCGCAUUUGAGAACUUUUGAGUUGUUGCCUUCUACCUUGUUUCACAUGAAAUGCGUUUUACUUCUGGAACUUGCAUUA